AUGGCCUCACACACCCGCCCUUCCCUUUCCGCCCUCCUUCCCCUCUUUUCCCCCCUCUUCCACCCUCCUGUCUCGCAUUUCACGCAGUGGCAACAGCACCUGUGCAACCCAGCAUGGCCGUCACCCUACUCCGCUCCUUCCCCUUGUCCCUCACACCUCACCUCCCUCUCGCCUCGCUCCCUCCUCCUCCCGCUCCUCUUCCCCUCCGCCCCACACAAUCGUGCAGUGGCAGCGGCGCCAAUGAGCCCCUCAGCGUGGCCUUCACUCUCCUCCCCCUCACACUUCACGCUGUUCCCUUCCACCCUCUCUUUCCUUCCCCCCCCUUCUCCCCCCUCCCGUACCUCCAUGCAUGCAGUGGCAGCGGUGCCCAUGAGUCCCACCAUGACCUACACCCUGCCUUCUCCCCCCUCUUUCCCCCGUCCUCCCCCACAUGUGUGCAGUGGCAGCGGUGCCCAUGAGUCCCUCCAUGACCUACACGAGGAUCACACAGCAGAGCAACCGCUCUCAGCACGACCUUCGCCCUGCCACGCCCCACAUUGCUCCUCUCCUUUCCCGCCCCCUCCCACGUGCAGUGGCAGCAUCGCCCAUGAGCCCAAGCAUGACCUACACGAGGAUCACUCAGCAGAGCAACCGCUCUCACCUCACGCAGUGGCAGCGGUGCCUCUGAGGGUGCGGGAAAGCGGGGUUAUAGACUAUGCAUCGUGGCAGCAGGUGCGGUGGGGACGGGAGUACACAGUGGAUGUGCUGCCCACGGCGCUGACGGGGCGGGUGGUGGUGCGCGUGCGCGAGGACGCGUGUGGUAACCGCACGUUCGUGCAGCAGGGCAACAAUACUGUCAUCCGCAUCCGCUACGGUAAGCCUUCAAUUAGGGACGCCUCAAAAGGAGUGCGCGUGCGGGAGGACGCGUGUGGUAACCGCACGUUCGUGCAGCAGGGCAACAACACCGUCAUUCGCAUCCGUUACGACCUGCGCAACUUCACAGUGGCGCUGCUGGCAGCCACCAUGCAGCCAGUCAGCCUCUCAAGCCUCGCAGACACCUAUGGAGACCAAUUCGCCUCCUGGGUGCAUGGCACCGCUGCCAACCUGCGCAACUUCACAGUGGCUCUGCUGGCUGCCACCAUGCAGCCAGUCAGCCUCUCGAGUCUCACUGACACCUACGGCGGCCAGCUCGCCUCCUGGGUGCAUGGCGCUGCUGCCAGUAUUUCCAGUGGCAAUAGCAGCAGCAGCGGUGGGGGCGGUUUAGCCGACGGCAGAGGCUGCUCGCCUGUGGUCGUAGAUCUCUUCUCCUCCCACCAGCCCCUUGACCUCGUAUUCUACCUCGUGCUCUCCACCCGCAUUCCCUCCGUAGCCCCGCUCACCCCCACUGUGGUGAAUAUCUCUGAGACUGCUGCUGGGGGUGAGGAGAGUGAUGAGGAGAGUGAUGAGGAAUCGGAUGCUCCGUUGAAUUUUGAAGAGGCGGCAGGAGGAGGAGGAGGAGGAGGAGGAGGAGGAGGAGGAGGAGGAGGAGGAGGAGGAGGAGGAGGAGGAGGAGGAGGAGGAGGAGGAGGAGGAGGAGGAGGAGGAGGAGGAGGAGGAGGGGAGUGGGAGUGGGAGCGGAGGAGAGGAAGAGGAGCGGGAGCAGCAGGGGCAGGAGGACGAGUGGGAGUGGGAGCGGCUGGAAGGGUUGGAGGGGUGUCAAGAGCGGUAGUGAGUGGAAACGGCGCUGGGAAGGCGAGGAGCACAGGCGAUACAGAGGGAGACGACACCACGGAUGCGACGAGCUCUGCAUCGUCACUGAAGCAGCGGCUGCUCAACUCGCUCAACGUCACUGGCGGCUACCCCGUGGUGCUCGCCCGCCUGUCUGGGCGGCUCUUUAAGUUCCGACGGCUGCUCAACUCGCUCAACGUCACCGGCAGCUACCCCGUGGUGCUCGCCCGGCUGUCGGGCCGGCUGUUCAAGUUCCGCGUGAGUGCUGCUGCCAGGCACCCAGCCAGCCAGCAUGCACCUGUCGCUCCUGCAGCACCCCGACACCUACCGCAGUGGGGUGGGUUCCGGGCCCAUCAUGUGGCCCCCGAGCGGCACCGUGCACUCACCCCAUCACUCCCCCCCACCUCCCCUGACCCGCCAGGCACCAACCCCGCCAGCAUGCAGCUGUCUCUCCUGCAGCACCCCGACACCUACCGCAGCGGGCUGGGUUCCGGGCCCAUCCUGUGGCCCCCGGGCAGCACUGUACCAGUACCAGACAGCACCGCCCCUGCUGACUCCUCCUCGCUGCCCUCGCCACCCUCGCUGGCGUCAGUGCUGCCCUCUGUAUCGCCCAGUAAUGAAUCAAACUCAGCAGCACUGGGAGGAGCAGGGGCAGCAGCAGCAGCAGUGGUACCAGCAGCGUCGUAUGAGGUGGCGCAGAGGGAGCUGACGUUUCUGAUCAAUGCAUCGGCGCCGGUGUCGAGCAUUCGGCAGGGCACUAUCGGGGUGAAUGGGACUGAUGGCGCCCGCGUGGAGUG